GUGAAUUCGUCGACUGAUAUUUAAUUCUGAAAUUGCCUUCACUUUUGUGUUUUGGUUUUAUACUUUUACUCUAUAUUUUUUACUAGAUAUCACAUUGUAAUAUCUGUAUUUUACAUAAUAAAUUGUGUUGGAUUAUAAUUAUGAGAAGAAAACCCAAUAUUCUUAUUAGUGGUAAGUAUUUAUAUUAUAUUACUGUUGUAGUGUUGUAAGUUCAUUGUUUAUAUGUUAUGAAAGCGUAGUCACCUAUGAUUCUAGGACGGUUAUUUUAUUUCGACAAUUAUAAAACAUUUUUUUAUCAUGGAUAGGAAGUUUGGAUCCAGGGAGUUAUUAGCUAUAAAACGUUUGGCCUCCAGAUGACUUGGCUAUAGGCCAUUUAGUUCUGCAGGUUUUUGAAUCAUUAUUUUUUAUUAAUUUCUUAAUAAUAUUACAAAAUUGGAAAUUCCAAUUCAAUAAAAAAAUUAAUUCAUUUUUUAAUUUUCGAUUUAUUUUUAUUUCAACUUUUACACAAAAAUAAUAUCAUGUUUAAAAAUUAAUUCAAGAUUAAUUACAAUUUACAACAAUACAAUACAAUAUAACUACUAUUAAUUAAAGUUAAAUAAUUCAUUUUUAUUAUUAAACUCUCCAUAUUUUUACUUAGGUAAAAUAUUACUGUGUAGAAAUAGUAAACGUAUAAACCAUUUUACUGAAUUGGUGUACCUAUAUUAAUAACCUGUAAUAUACUUAUUUGAAAACUUUGGCAUUUAAUGUAUUAAUAUAAAUUUACAAUUGAAAUGCAGCUCAUAUGCUCACAGUCUAUCUGGCUGUCUACCUAAGUCAAUCAUUAUUACUGACCUACGUAUUAGUUUAUUUCUAAAACAUUUAAGAAUGUAAUGUAAUUGUGUAAAAAUUUAUUUGUCUAUAAAAAAUAAAAAAUAAAUAAUGAUUUAAAAAACUGGAGAACCAAAAGUACUAUAGUGUAUAUCCAAAAUACCUCCAAGACCAAACUUCCUAUGGUUAAUAAGUAUCAAUGAAUAUAUCAAAUGUCCUGACUUAAUAAUUGCCGGGAACGAAACCUCUGUAUACUAAUUUUUUUAAUGGAGAUGAAAUACCCAAUUUUACUGUUCUUAAUGUUAACAAAAAAAAAAACAUUUAUGAAAAAUGUAAACAACAAUUACAUAUUGCUUUAGUUUGAACAUUUUUACUCCUAAUAAAUUUCUGAACUUGUUCUGUUUAGGUACGCCGGGUGUUGGAAAAUCAAAGUUAUGUGAAGAAUUAAUUAGAAGUGGAUUAGACAUGGAAUGGAUUGAAGUUGGUCAAGUAGCUAAACAAUGUGAUUGUUACUCUGGAUAUGAUGAAAAACUUGAAUGUCAUAUACUUGAUGAAGACAAAGUAAAAUAUACAUUUUUGUUUAUGUAAAAUGUUUUUAAUAUAUAAAAAUAUUUUAUUUAAAUUGUCAGUUAUUAGAUGAGUUAGAAUCUAGGAUGGAAGAAGGUGGUAAAAUUGUUGACUAUCAUGGUUGUGAUUUUUUUCCAGAACGUUGGUUCGAUGUAGUAUUCAUAUUAAGAACUAAUAAUACAUUACUAUUUGAUCGACUUGAGAAAAGGUAAGCUCUGUUAACAAAUAUAUCAAGACUUAUAUUAAUAACAUAAUUAACAUUUUAUACAAAUUUAUAAAUUAUUGUCAAACGUGCACUGUUUAUUGUUUUAACAAAGGUGAACUUAGAUUAAAUUAUCAUUUUUAGUACUUCAAUUUUACAUUGUUGAGUUUGAAUUAUUUAUUAUACUUACAAGCCCAUUGUUGUAAUUUUAACUAUUUUGAUGUGUGCCCAGUUAUAUUGUCAAUUUAUAAUUACAUUUUGUACAAUCCUAACUAAGAAAUAUUUGAUUAUUUUAAUAAAUAAUAUUCGUUAAUUAAUUAAAAAUGUAUUUCAUUAUUUGUUUAACAUAUUUUACCAGGCCACCUUUUUUUAUUUUGAAGAUAUGUUUUUCGACUGAUUCUGAAUAUGUUUGUUUUUUUUUUUUUGUGAAAAUCAGUAUUAAAAAAAAUAGAUAUUUUUAGUUUGUUGUGCAAAUCUAACAUGAGCUUGUGAAUAGUGAUACUCAAAAGCACGGUCUCACAUAAUAAAGUUUAAGUUUACAUUUAUCACACUAUCCUUCUUGCAAUAGAAUCUGGUUAGAAAUGUAGGUCAGCUGAAAUUAUCUCCUGCAAUUGUUUAUUCAGUACAGGCUUUAAACUGUUUUAUAUAGCUUCUAAUGUACCCUAAUAGUUUCUGUAUUUAUUAUUAUUUUCAGCAUUAAAAACCUCAGUUUUUUGUCAUAAUUUUUUUAGUAAUAAUUUCUUAAAAAUACAAACAUUUUCAGAAUAAACUCCUAAAACUACUAAGUCCUUAUUUGGAAAAAAAAAAUAGUCAGGUAAAGUAGACUUGUCUAAAAAUAUUAUAUGGUGAUAAAUCUAUAACAAGUUUAAAUUUUUCUUCCAUUGUCUGCAAUUAAUAUUAAAUAAUAUAAAUCUGUACAAAUUCACAAGGUUUGUUCUUAAAUGAAAGAAAUUUUGUUUAGCCUUAUCAAAAAUAAAUAUAUUCUAUGCACUGCAGUUGUCUUUUACGACUAUAUUUAAUACCUAUGAUAAAUGUUUAAUUGUAUUUUCAUGUAGAGGUUAUUCUGCAAAAAAACUUCAAAAUAAUGUUCAAUGUGAAAUAUUUCAAACUUUAUUUGAAGAAGCAAUGGAAUCAUACGAUAGCAACAUUGUACACGAGUUACGCAACGAAACCUUUGCAGAUAUGGAACGCAAUAUAUCUCAAAUAAGUGAUUGGGUAAAUCAAUGGUUAAAAGAUAAUGUUAACAACUAGUAAUAAUUUUUAAAUUAUGAAAUAAAAUUUAAAUUUUAAUCUUUGUUUAAUCAAUCUGAUAAUAUAUGAAUUAAAUUUUGUUAUUUCUUAUUUACUGUGAAAUUUAUCAAUUUGUAUUGUAAAUACUUUUAAGUUUGAAUUAAUCCUGUUUAUGAUAAAAUGUUGAUGUGACAUUUGAAUAUAACAUGUUAACACA